CCUGUCUGUAAUGGGACCAGGAUCCACUUUACUACCUCAGCUACACCUAAAACGUGACUUAAACGGCAAUAGUUAACUAUACGAGUAAGAUGGAAGUUGGAUCUAGAGUCGAUCUAUCAGACAACCAUUCUAACCAAGCUUGCAUCUCUUAUCAAUACUUCUUGGAUGUGAAGAAACCGCAGGGGGGACGAAAUAGAUAUACCUGUGCUGAAAAACCGAGACAAACAGCAAAUGCCAGAGAAAGAGAUAGAACCAGAUGCGUUAAUACAGCCUUUACCCUUUUGAGAACCUUGAUACCAACUGAACCCGCUGAUAGAAAACUUUCGAAGAUCGAAACUUUAAGACUGGCGGCUAGUUACAUCGCUCAUUUGGCCACCUUAAAAUACUGUCAGGCAAGAGGUGACUACGAAGAACAACCCUGCCAAAGAUACGGAACGUACGGAAUAUCCAUAAGUAAUAAUCAACCAUUCGGAAGAAAAAUCUGCACCUUUUGUUUAGCAGAUAGCAAGAAAAGGGUAAGAAGUAUAAAUUGUAUAGUUUAUAGGCCAACUGUUAAGUGUUCGAAUCAGUAACUUUAAACA